CUCCCCACGCCAUGUAAACACCGAACGCGCGCGUAACCGCAACAUAACAACACCUUGAGCAGCAGACUUCGAAGCAUAUCGCCAAGGUACAUCUUCAAAAUGCUUCUCCUCGGUCUCACCGGCUCAAUCGCAACCGGAAAAUCCACCGUCUCAUCCCUCCUCCGCGAACCACCCUACUCUCUCCCUAUCAUCGACGCCGACCUCAUCGCCCGCCAGGUCGUCGAGCCCGGCACGCCCGGCUACAACGCCAUCGUGGACUACUUUCUCCCCACGACGCCCGAUCUCCUUCUCGAUGCGCCCGGCAAGCCGCUCAACCGCCCCGCGCUGGGCCGCCGCGUGUUCGGCGCGGGCGAGGACCGCGAGCGCGACCGCAAGAAGCUCAACAGCAUCGUGCACCCCGCGGUCCGGAAGGAAAUGUACAAGCAGAUGGUGUGGGCUCACUUGAGGGGAAACUGGGCGGUCGUACUCGACGUACCGCUGUUGUUUGAGAGCGGGUGGGAGAGGUACUGCGGGACUAUACUGGUGGUAGGGGUGUCGGAUCCGAAGAUUCAGAUUCAGCGGCUGCGCGCGAGGGAUGCACAUCUUACGGAGGAAGAUGCGAGGAAUAGGGUCAGCAGUCAGGGCGACAUCAGGGAGAAGGUAGAGCGGUGCUUGAGGAGGGGAGAGGGACGGGGAGUGGUGGUGUGGAAUGACGGAGGCAAGGAAGAGCUCGAGAAGGAGGUUCGGAGGGUGAUGAGUGAGAUUAGGGAAAAGAGUCCCGCGUGGUGGAGCUUCUUGCUGUGGGCUUGUCCGCCGCUGGCGGCGCUUGCGGCGGGGGUGAGCUGGUACAAGAUGAGGGGGGUGCAAUUGGCCUGGGAGGCGGAGAAGAGGAGGGAGAAGGCGAAGCUAUAGGUGGUAAGACGUAUCGGAUACCCAUGUCAUUGAUGUUUAACGAAUUGUCUUUCGCGAUGUUGUGCCACCAUCUGAUCUUUGCCA